CUAGGGACGUCCAGUAACCCGCAUGCGCAUUUUAGGUUUUUGCAAAUGCAGUAUUUUCUGUAAAUAUUUCUCCGGCGGUAUGGAAACGUAGUUUUAUUCUUGAGAGGAAAAUUGUGAAUAUAUUUUAAGCUUGAAAUAACUAAACGAUAUCGUUAAAGAUCAUGCGAAGAUUUUAAAGUGUCGGUGUCAAAGAAUAUUUUAUGAACUACUGUAGAAAAAUCAAAACAACGUUUACAGAAGUUUAACUCAAAAUUCUUAUUCACACUGCACUGAAUGUAGCGGUUUGGACGAAGCCUAUAGGUAAAGUGAAAUAAUAUAGCUACCUGUCACUAAGAAAACAUUGUGGGAAAAGAAUUGUCAGAAAUAUGAGUGUCUUCACGAAGAGGAUUAAUCCCCUCACAGGGCAGGCAGAGUGGGAACUUCAAGAUGAAAGCUAUGAUUUUCACCAAGAGAUUGCUAGAUCAGCAUUUGCUGAUAUGCUUCACGAUACUGAACGAAAUGAAAAGUAUUACAAAGCGAUUAGAAGAGCUGUUGAAACGAAACACAGAUUGGGACAAAAGGCUCAUGUACUUGAUAUUGGUACAGGAACUGGAUUAUUAUCAAUGAUGGCUGCUGCAUGUGGUGCAGAUACCGUUGUAGCUUGUGAGGCUUUCCCCCCCAUGGCUGAUUGUGCUAGGAAAAUCACAGCUAAAAACGGCUUUAAAGAUAAAAUUAGGGUUAUUUCGAAGCAUUCUACUGACUUGAUAGUUGGAGAAAAUGGAGAUUUGAAGUAUCGUGCUAAUAUUCUAGUGACUGAAGUAUUUGACACAGAAUUAAUUGGUGAAGGUGCCAUUAAGGUGUUCAACCAUGCCCACAAGGAACUUCUAGAGAAAGAUUGUAUCGUCGUUCCAAUGUCAGGGACUUUAUAUUGUCAAGUUGUUGAAAGUCCUUUGGCCCAAAGAUGGAAUAAGAUGAAUUCAAUAAUGAAUACAGCUAAAGAUCCAAAAAUUCUCAUAGAUACUCCUCCUGAAGUUUGGAAUUGCCCUGGAGCUGCUGGAGUACAUGAUAUUCAACUAAGCCAGUUUCCACAAAGUGAAUUUCAGACAAUAGUAUCUCCACAGCCAGUUAUGAGAUUUGAUUGGUCUGGAAGAUCUCCUUUACCUUGUGAAUUUUCCAACAUAUUGGUAUCUAAAGCUGAAAAGGAUGGUGUUGCCCAGCUGGUAUUUGCAUGGUGGGAUCUUGUUAUGGAUGUUGACGGAGAGAUAGUGUUGAGCUGUGCCCCAGUGUGGGCCCAUCCACUUACCAGAGGAGAAGGGAGUGCAGAUGACUUGCCAUGGAGGGAUCACUGGAUGCAAGCAGUGUAUUAUCUGCCAAAAGAGGUUGAUGUGAAAGAAGGCCAAGAAAUAACUAUAAUUUGUACUCGAGAUGAGUAUUCGUUUUGGUUCAAUGCCUGUGAAAAUUUGAGGAUAUCAGAAAUUGAUUAUCAGCGACCCUUAUGCGAUUGUGGUUUGCAUGCUGGCUUCAGUAGGACACGGAUAGGAGCAAUGAAUGAUUCUGAGCGAAUACGAAAAUAUAUUGCUGCUCUUGAACCUCUUAUUACUGAUGAAAGUUCCUGUUUGUGCCUGAGUGAAGGUACACUUUUGGGGUUGGUUGCUGCUAAAUUGGGUGCAAGAAAAGUAUACUGUAUUGAAAGUAAUGUGCUUGCAAAAAGAGCGUUGGAAGAAUUUAUUAGGCACAACUAUUUGCAGGAGAAAGUAGUUUUGAUGGAUAGUGUUGAAACAUUAAAGAAACAUCAAGAGUUGGAAGGCCAGGUAAACGUGGUUCUGGGAGAACCACACUUUUUUACUACACUACUGCCUUGGCACAAUGCGUAUUUUUGGUACAUGAAACAAGAAAUAAGUUCCCUGUUGUCUCCUUGUACAACCAUUUUACCUGCAGAAGCUACUGUUUGGGCUAUGGCAGUUGAAUUUAAAGAUCUGUACAAAAUUAGAGCCCCACUAUGUAAUGUAGAAGGAUUUGCAGUAGCUGAAUUUGAUAAACUAAUCGAACAUUCAAGUUCCAUCAGUGACAGUGCCGUGGAGGCACACCCAUUAUGGGAGUAUCCUUGUCGAGCAUUGACUCGACCUUUCCAGAUUCUUGAUUUCUCUUUUAAUAAGAAUGUUGCAGAUUGUGCUAUUCAUAAAGAAGGAGAAGUACAUUGUGAAGGAUCUGGCAUUUGUCAUGGUGUUGUAAUGUGGGUUUAUUGGGAUUUGGAUGGCAAUCCCAAACAUGGCAUUACAACAGGGCCUGUAGAAAUGGUUAAUAUUGGUGAGAAAGUGAAAUGGGAUAUGCAUACAAGGCAAGGGGUUUAUUUCUUCAAUGAAUUUCAUCACGUGGGAGAGCUAGAAGACAGCUGUGUUAUCAAAUUUUCAGGCAAAUUUUUACCACAUUCUGGACUAAGUUUUCAUUUUUCUAUUAAAUAAUAAUAAUAAUAAUAAUAAUAAUAAUAAUAAUAAUCAUCAUCAUCAUAAUGGAGAUCUGGUUAGGUAGAUAUUAAUAAAAUGCUUACAACAAUGUAGGGUAAUGCUAAUUUCAAGUAAAAUAAUGACCACUACUGUUUGCUAACUGUUAAACAGACUGCACUGCAUGUGAUAGUAUUAAAAAUUCUAAAUGCAUAAUGGUUCCAUUCUUGUUUGUAACAGGAAAGAUUUUUAUUUUAGAUGAAUGUCCUGGAAAAAAUCCUUUGCAAUUUAAGCAUUGAUACCAUAUUUAUUUAGGUGUUGUUUCAAAUGUGCCCUCUAUCAAUUUAAUAAAAGUGCACUUAUCCAUUCAUACCCAGGGAUUGUUUCAUUACUACAAAGGUUACAGGAAAAACUUUGAGUUUAUUAUUGUAUUCAAACAUGAUUUAAGUGCAGAAAGAAACAGUUUGUAAGAUAUUUUUAAAAUAUUUCUCAGUGCAAGAGUUGUAUAGUUUUAAGUGUUGCAAAUUUUAAAUAAAUGUAAAUACAUAUAUUGUAUUAGGAAAAUUAGUGCACACAUUUGGCUAUUAGCCAUUAGGAUAGUCAAAUGUAAGGAGUACAAAAUCUGUAGUAUGGUAUUAUAAUUGUUUUACUGAUAAAGGAGUUGUGUGUUGUAUUAGAAAUGGGUAGAUACGUUCUGAAAAGGAAGUAGAAAUUUUCCAUCUUGAACUUGUACUUAAAGAUAAGUUAUUUGUACAAUUUUGUAGAUGUAUUAAAAGUUACUAGAAGUAACUUUUAAGUUAUAAAAUAACUUAAGUUAAGUUAUUUUCAGGUAUUUUUAAUGCUAUAAAAAGUCGUACACAACACAAAUCACACAGUAGUGUAAUAUCAAUGUAAAUUUAAAAAGACUGUGUAGCACAUGGUAAUUAUGAUAAUGACAGGUGCCUAAAAUGUUAUAUUCACCUGUGUUAUAAAAAUUUUGUAUGUCAGAUUUGUGUUUUACAAAGAGGAGGAUAUAUCUUGUAAUUGUAAGAAGUAAAUUAGAGUACCCUUUCUUGGAACGUAUUUAAUGCAAGAUAGUUACGUAAAACGAUGGCCUCCAAAAUUCCUUGACAGUAAUGAGAAGUAACUUGAGUACUUCUUUUGUACUAAUUAUUAAAUCUAUUUCUAUGAUAUGUGUUCUUAGUAUUAGCAGAAAUGUUAAUAAAAGUCACAUUUACUGAUAAAUUAAUUCUUUUGUCAUGCACAUUUUCAUUGUAAUAGCAAGACUCAUUUUGAUACAAAGAUAAUGUACUUUUUUUUUGUGUUUGUGAUAUAAAUGGUCUAGCUAGUAAUGAUGUAAACAAUUAGCUUAACAAUAUUUUUUCUUCUUCAAAUUUUGUACUAUUAUUGUGAUUUAUCUGAAGCAUUGUUGUGUUCAUACUAGUGUAAGCUUUCUGAGUACAAACUAGAAUUUUUGUAAAUUUUAGAUACAUUAAUAAACAGAAAUUGAUUAAA